AUGCCCACAGCGGAGAAAGCAGUGCUGCAUGACCGAUAUGACCCGGUCGGUCUGCCGGACUACGACCGAGAAUUCAUCAAACCGGAAGAGCUACAAUGUUUCGAAAAAGCACUGAAUGCCCCCGAGGCGUCUCCAUUGGUGGCCAUCAACGACUGGCGUCCGAUCAAUCAGCGCGUUCGAAAGACCCGCGGCCGUCGCAAGACCCCGAAGCGAAGCAAGGAUGAAACAAGGGAAGGCGUGUUGUAUACCGUGCUGAAAUGGCCGUUCUUGCUCACCGUGUUUGCUUGGAUUGCCGUGUUGAGCUGUGGCUACGUCCUGGUCCGUACGUACAUCUACCUCUAUGAGCACUGGAUUACCUGGCGUGGAAAGAGGCAGCGGCUCAGGCGAGAACUCUGGGCCCAGAAAGAUUACCCGAGCUGGCUGGGUGCUGCGCAGGCGCUGGACGCUUACUUGGGAAAUGAGAAGUGGAAGGAGACCGAUGAAUACGCCUACUAUGAUCACCUUACCAUCACCAAAGUGGUAGACCAGCUGAAGAGAGUGAGAUACGAUGCUGAGAGCGAAUUGAUCAGUGGAACUGGUGCCAGCGAAACACCGGCGAUCGAGGAGCUCUGUGCUUUGCUGGAAGCUUGUGUCAAGAACAACUUUGCUGGCGUGGAGAAUCCGCGGAUGUACAGUGAGGCCUAUUCCGGGACGAAAGAUUUGGUACAGGAAUAUAUUGAUGAGGUACAUACAUGCAUCGAGCUGGUUCGAGACUGCCGCGAAAUCGACCGUGAGGUCAAGUACCAGCACUUCAAGCACCUCGACACCAACUUCGGCCGCACCGCGCUAUGUCUUUCUGGGGGUGCGACAUUUGCGUAUUACCAUUUUGGAGUCGUAAAGGCCUUGCUGGAUAACGGUGUCCUCCCAGAGAUCGUUACAGGUACCUCAGGAGGGGCGCUGGUAGCUGGCCUAGUGGCUACCCGAACCGAUGAAGAGCUGAAGCAGCUGCUAGUGCCGGCCCUAGCACAUCGAAUUCGGGCAUGCCAUGAAGGCUUCAGAACAUGGAUUCGCCGAUGGUGGAGGACAGGUGCGAGGUUUGACACCAUGGAUUGGGCCCGGCAGUGCUCCUGGUUCUGCCGGGGAUCAACGACUUUUCGAGAAGCCUAUGAACGGACUGGCCGUAUCCUGAACGUCUCUUGCGUGCCAUCUGACCCACAUAGUCCUACCAUACUAUGUAACUACCUGACCAGCCCCGAUUGUGUUAUCUGGAGUGCGGUCUUAGCUUCGGCUGCAGUGCCUGGCAUACUGAACCCUGUUGUUUUGAUGACCAAAAGGCGCGAUGGCACGCUAGCUCCUUACUCCUUUGGGCACAAAUGGAAAGACGGCUCUCUGCGCACCGACGUCCCUAUCAAAGCGUUGAAUUUGCAUUUCAAUGUUAAUUUUACAAUCGUAUCGCAGGUGAACCCCCACGUCAACCUCUUCUUUUUCAGCAGUCGAGGAACAGUGGGACGUCCUGUCACCCAUCGCAAAGGCCGAGGGUGGCGCGGCGGGUUUCUGGGAAGUGCUAUAGAGCAGUACAUCAAACUCGACUUGAAUAAAUGGCUUCGAGUCUUACGGCAUCUAGAGCUCCUCCCGCGGCCGUUGGGCCAAGACUGGAGUGAGAUCUGGCUACAGAAAUUCAGUGGUACGGUGACCCUGUGGCCUAAAACCAUUCCCAGUGAUUUCUUUCACAUUCUCUCUGACCCGACACCCGAUCGACUUGCACGCAUGAUCCAUGUUGGUCAGCAAAGUGCCUUUCCCAAACUCCAAUUCAUCAAGAAUCGCCUCAACAUCGAGAAUGCCAUCAUGAGAGGCCUUCAGCAAUGUUCCACGACUGGAGGCCGCUCUCUCUCCCCAAUCUUGUCUCGCCGGAUGCAAGCUCCAGAACUUGAGCCUGCGGAUGCGCUCUCUCAGCGAUUGGACGCAAGCUUUCCUGAACGGCACGAGGAUGGGGGCUCGCGCUAUGUGGAUGUCUCCGACAGCAUGUCCCAGUCAACGGCUUCUGCUUCUUCUCGCCCUCAGACCCCCACCCGUCGGGCCAGCUUUAUGGAGGAGGUGCGGCGCCAGUCAGCGGUAUUCUUUGACGACGCGGACAUCUACGGUGACGGAGAUGCCAUCAUCACCUGA